GGCCCAGCCCAGGAAGCCCAGGAAGGGGAAGUGGGGUGUUGAAGCCGUGGGGCCGACUGGGGGCCGUGGGGGACACGGGGGGGCCCCCCGCCCAGCACAUCGCCACCAUGUCGCUGCCGUCCGUCUACCAAAACAAGUUCGCCGAGAAGCUGACGAUCCUCAAUGACCGGGGACGGGGUGUCCUCAUCCGCAUCUACAACAUCAAGAAGACCUGCUCCGACCCCAAGACGCGGCCGCCCUUCCUCAGUGACAAGGCCAUGGAGCCUUCCGUCAAGUUCAUCAACAAGAAGUUUCCUCACCUGGACGUGCGGAGCAGCACGCAACACCUGGGACCAGUGCACAAGGACAAGGGGGACAUUGCCCGAGCGCUGGGACCCAUCUACCACACCUUCCUGGACGUCCUGGAGUUCAGGGACCAUGUCUACGAGCUGCUGAACACCAUCGAUGCCAGCCAGUGCUUCUUCGACAUUCACGUCAACUACGAGUUCACCAAGAGUUACUUGGACCUGGUCGUUACCUACGUGUCCCUCGUGCUGCUGCUGGCCCGCACCGAGGACCGCCGGCUGCUGAUCGGCAUGUACCACUGCGCCCACGAGAUGAGCCACGGCACCAGUGACCCCAGCUUCGCCCGCCUGGGACAGAUGGUGCUGGAGUACGACCACCCGCUCAAGAAGCUGAUGGAGGAAUUUGGGCCGCACACCAAGGCUGUCACCAGUGCCCUCCUGUCCCUCCAUUUCCUCUUCGCCCGGAGGAACCAGGGGGCCGAGCAGUGGCGCAGCGACCAGCUCCUCAGCCUGCUCGGCACCGCCGGCACCAUGCUCAGCCCUGCCAGCUCCGACACCAUGGCCUGUGAGUACCUGUCCCUGGAGGUGAUGGAGCGCUGGAUCCUCAUGGGGUUCCUGGUGUGCCCGGGGGCGCUGGGCUCGUCCCCGCAGUGCCUGGAGCUGUGGCGGCUGGCGCUGCAGGGCUCGCUCUACAUCACCCUCCUCCGCGACGAGGUCCUCCAGGUCCACAAGGUCACCGAGGAGCUGCUCAGCAGCCUCAAGGGGUACGGGAAGCGGGUGGCCGAUCUCAAGGAGUGCAAGGAACACGCCGUGGCUCACAGUGGCUCCCUGCACCGGGGCCGGCGGGCGUACCUGCGUGGGGCUGUGCGGGAGCUGGAGGCUCUGCUGGAGGACCAGCCCGGGCUGCUGGGACCCAAGGCCCUCUUUGUCUUCAUGGCGCUCUCCUUCUGCCGGGACGAGGUGAGCUGGCUGGUGCGGCACGCCGAGCACGUCACCAAGACCAAGACGCCUGAGGACUUCGCUGACAGCCACGUCGCGGAGCUGCUCUUUCUCAUGGAGCAGCUGCGGAGACUGGUGCGGCGGCAGGCCCGGGUGCUGCAGCGCUACCACGUCCAGUACCUGGCCCGCUUCGAUGCCCUGGUGCUCAGCGAAGUCAUCCAGAACCUCUCGGUGUGCCCCGAGGAGGAGUCCAUCAUCCUGUCAUCCUUCGUCAGCUCCCUCUCAGCUCUCUCUGUCAAGGAAGUCGAUGACAAAGAGCAGUUUGAUUUCACACCGCUCCGCCUGGACUGGUUCCGGCUGCAGGCCUACACCAGCGUGGCCAAGGCCUCGCUGCCGCUGGGCUCCAACUCUGACGUGGGUCGCGUCAUGAACCUCAUCGUCUUCCACACCAAACUGCUCGACUCCCUGGAGGAGCUGCUGGCCGAGGCCUCCGACCUCUCCGACCUGUGUUUCUACCCUCGCGCAGUGGAGAAGAUGUUUGUGGUGACAAUGGAGGAGCCCUCGAUGCUGCGCUACUGCAUCGCCUUCCCUCUGCUCUGCAGCCACUUCUCCCACUGCGUCCACCCCAUGUGCCCGGAGGAGUAUCCCCAGCUGAAGGCCAUGGCGCUGGGGCUGUGCAACAAGUUCCUGGAGGAGGUGGCCCGGCAGGCCAGCACCUACAUCAUGGACGCCUGCGCUGAGCAGCACAACCUCAGCGAGCAGCUGCUGCCCAAGCACUGCGCCUCCACCGUCAGCAAAGCCCGCAACAAGAAGACCCUGAAGCAGCCGGCCAAGAAGGGGGAGCCUGAGCGGGACAAACCGGGGGCUGAGAGCCAGAGGAAGGACCGGACCCUGACCACCAACAUGGACAAGCUGCACCUGAUGCUGGCCGAGCUGUCCCUGAGCCUCAACCAUGUGCCCAACUUCACCGUCUUCGAGCACACGGUGACGCCGGCCGAGUACCUCAGCAGCCACCUGGAGACACGCUUCGCCAAAGCCAUCGUGGCCAUGGCCGGCUACAGCCAGGCCACGCAGGAGGUGUCCCGGCCCUCGGAGGUGCUGGUGGGGCUGAGUGCCUACCUGACCUUCAUCCAGUCGCUGGAGCAGUUCGUGGGCUUGGACACGGGGCGCAUCAUCCGCAGCGUCCUCCUGCAGCAGACGCAGCCCCGCGACGCCGCCGGCGAGCAGACGCUCACCACCAUCUACACCAACUGGUACCUGGAGGCCCUGCUGCGACAGGCCAGCACCGGGGCCAUCAUCCUGGCCCCUGCCCUCCAGGCUUUCACCACGGUGCCCCGGGAGGGCGAGCCCACCUUCAGUGCCGCUGAGUUCUCCGACGUUUCAGAGAUGCGGGCGCUGGCCGAGCUCAUCGGGCCGUACGGCAUGAAGUUCCUCAGCGACAACCUCAUGUGGCACGUGGGCUCCCAGGUCACCGAGCUGAAGAAGCUGGUCAACGAGAACAUGGACACUCUGGUCCAGCUGCGCUCCAGCUCCUGCAAGCCUGAGCAGAUGGCAGCUCUGCUGCCCCGGCUGACCUCGGCCGAAAAUGUCCUGAAGCGCAUGACCAUCAUCGGGGAGAUCCUGAGCUUCCGCGCCAUGGCCCAGCAGGGCCUGCGGGAGGUCUUCUCCCACCACUGCCCCUUCCUGAUGGGCCCCAUUGAGUGUCUGACGGAUGUUGUCACCCCCGACACCGACAUCCAGGUCACCCUGAGCAUCUUCGAGCUGGCCUCGGCCGCGGGGAUCCCCUGUGAGGUCGACCCCGCACUGGUGAACGUCCUCGCUGGCAGCAAGACGGACGGCUCAUCCCCGGAGGAGGAUUACAAGGUGGCCUGCCUGCUCCUGGUCUUCGUGGCCGUGUCCCUGCCCCUGCUGGCCUCCGACCCGGCGUCCAUCUACAACACCGAGGUGGACGGCUACAACAACAACAUCCACUGCCUGGCCAAGGCCAUCAUCCACGUGUCGGCCGCCCUCUUCACCGUCCACAACAAGAACAUCGAGACCCAUCUCAAGGAGUUCCUGCUGCUGGCCUCCGUCAGCCUCCUGCAGCUGGGCCAGGAGACGGACAAGCUGCGUGCCCGGAACCGCGACUCCAUCUCCCUGCUCAUGCAGCUGAUCGUGGCGGAGUCGUCCUUCCUGACGGUGGACAUGCUGGAGACCUGCUUCCCCUACGUCCUGCUCCGCAACGCCUACCGCGAGGUGUGCCGGGAAAACCUGCUCAGCAGGGUCCCCUCGCACUGAGCCCGGCCCCCGCAUCUCCCCCUCCCCUCAAACCCCUCAAACCACCCUGUGCCGGGACCCCCAGGUCCUUCCUCAACUGCUGGAUGCCACCACAGUGUCCCCAUCUGUCCUUGUCCUGUCCCUCAGUCAUCACUGCUUUCACUAAAGCACGUUUCCCCUCCGACGGCUUCAUCCGACUCCUGCCUGAGGGGGAUCUGGGGAAUAUUUGGGGCUGGGUCUGCCCCAGCACCCUGGGGGGUGCCUAGCCCUGUGUCUCCGGCAGGAAUAACCUCCUGCUGGUCCCCCUCGUGGGGGUUCAGGAGGGUCUGGGGGUACUGGGGACCUCGGGGGGCUGCGACACGGAGGGACUCGAGCUGCUGGCAGGAUUUACCAGCUUUAAUUAAAGCUGUUGCUUCUCGUGGCAACGAUGCUGGCCGGCCCCGUGCCUCAGUUUCCCUUCUCCCGCCCAGCCGGGGAUGUUUCAAGUCACGUUUCCCCCCCUUCCUCCUCCUUUCCCCCAUCUUAGGGUGUUUAUUUUUCUCCCGUGCAGCAUCUUGGGGGAAAAUUAAUGGGGCGAGGGAAGGAGGCGGCAGGGCGGCCGUUGCCAUUCCGCUCACGGCCGGCUGCUCCGGGAUGAGUCACCGGCCGUGCCGGGAGGGGGGGACGGCGGCUGCCGUGGCCGUGAGCCCCCCUCGGCAGAGCCCCCCUCGGCAGAGCCCCUCACCCAGCAGAGCCCCCCUCGGCAGAGCCCCCUCGCCAGGGCUGGGUGGUACCGGGGCUGGGGGAGGCCGAGCGUGCAGCCCCAGCAGCCGAACCAAACCGCAGCCGUGAUCGCGUGGCCGAGCCCGAGCGUGCGGCCGCCUCGUCCGACACUAAUUGCUUUAUUAAUUCAUCCGGGAUGGAAAAACCACGCUGGAGCGGGCUGGGCUCCCCCGCUGCCCCCCUCCGGCUGCGCUCCCGGGGGGCUGAACUCCCCCGAAUUAACGCCCAGAACCUGCUGAUUAUUCCAGAUUGCUGCAAAAGUCUAUUUUCGCGCUCAUCAAUCACGAUAUUAAGCAGUAA